UAUAAGUUAAAACAAAAAAGAAAGAGGAAUAAUAGGCGUAAAGAGUCAAUUCAAAGAAUAAGAAAGAAAAAGCAUAGUCGACAGGAGAAAGGAUUUCGAUGUAAUCGAUCGUUCGAGUUAAAACGUUUCGCGCGUUCCGUUCUCGCGUGUUUCGAUUCGUGGCGAAUUGAAUAUCUGUAAAAAAAGAAGAAGAAGAAGAAGAAGAAGAUUUCGUCAAAUCGAAAUGAGUAAUAUCAAACUUGUAUAUGAUAUUUUGAAUUGAAACGUUUUAAUUGAUGAAAUGAGUAAUAUCAGACUUGUAUAUAAUAUUUUGAAUUGAAACGUUUUAAUUGAAUCGUGAAAAUAUCUAGAUAUUAGCGGUCGCGGUGUAUGUACGAACAAACACUUCUGCUUCUUCGAAUAUUGGCCGAAAGAAAGAAAACCACGUUUUUCUUCGUCGACGAUAGUUGCAGGAGCUGCGUUCGAUAAAUCUUAUUGGCCUCCCUAUCGAUGAUCACGUCUCUCCGUUCGCUGUGUUCCUUCUUUUUUUUUUUUAAUCCUUCUGAUCGAUAAGUACAGCAUUUUCGGUUAUAAAUCGUUAGUCGCAAUAUCUCCAGAAGAUCGUUACGUCAAGUUAUGACUUGAUAAGAGAUAUGCCUAUAAAAGUGUAUACUGUGAAAGGAAAGAAAGAGGAUAAAAUAAAGGGAGGAAAGAAACGGAUAGACGAGUGGUUGGUGAAUGCCAGAGCGUUUCUUCGGACCUAGAUUCUUCGACAAUUACCGGUUAAGUGAGUUUUUCUGUAAUCCUAUGAUAUCCGGGAUUUCGUCGCGAGAUUUUAUCCAGGCAUCGGUCUUAUGAUUACUGUCAACGCGAUACUUCGACUCGAACCGCUUGAAUUGCAUCGGAUUCUUUCUAGUCAGGACAAAUUGUGAGAAUAUAUAAAAUAGAAAUCGCGAACGAACGGCGAACAGAUUGUUCGAAAAGAUUGAAAGGAAUCUGGUGGAGGGAGCUAUCGCUAAUACCGCUGCCACUUCCGUUACCGGUUCCGUCACCGCUGCCGCUGUCGCGAUCCGUUUUCCUUCUCGAAUUAAUUACGCAGCAGAUAGGAAUAGCGAGAUAAAGGAGCGUCUGUCGCGGACAGGCCUUCUAUCUCGUUCUAGGUCGGAAUUGGUGAACGUCUUUGGCCGUUCUCGACGCCGCGCCGCAAUUGAGCAACCGUGGAAGGGAGCCGAGAAGUAUGUAGUCGAGAAGAAUCGGAAUUGGUCGAGAAGCAGCCGGAAGAUCGAACGAGAAUGAGUUCGCCGUGUGAGUGUUCCCGGUUUAGCAACAAGUUGCAGCUGGUGUGCGUUUUCCCUGGAGUUUCCUAAAAUCAACAAGUGAAUUCGCUUUCCUGCUUGGAAUUUCUAUAUCGCUCUCAGCUCUACAGGUGGUGAUGUGAUACAGAUACGGAUAAACGACCGCACGUCAUAUGUUAAAUUCAAGAAGUGGAUGCGGCCUGAGACUUAACGAAGCGUAAAUCAUUAUUGCAGAGAUUAAAUUCUUACAAUACAUAAGAACCAUAAGAGUGAUCUCCAACUGGAGAGCUAUUUUAUGUCAGCUUGCCUGAUAGAUCUGAACAGCAAGUGCAUUGCAUAAGUUUAGAACACUGUCGUAAUUACAAAAAAAAUAUAUCCUUUUCGUUUCUUAUUUCUUAUUUCUAAUAGGUAAUUCUAGAUUAUUAUUAUCAUUGUUAUUUAUAUCAAGUGUCAAAAUUUUUCAACGGAACCACCCCUCGUGGACAACCGCGUAUAGAACAUUGUCGUAAUUAUAAAAAAAUUAUUCUUUUCGUUUCUUAUUUCUUAUUUCUUAUUUCUAAUUUCUAAAGGUAAUUCUAGAUUAUUAUUAUCAUUGUUAUUUAUAUCAAGUGUCCAAAUUUUUCAACGGAACCACCCCUCGUGGACAACCGCGUAUAAAACAUUGUCGUAAUUACAAAAAAAUUAUUCUUUUCGUUUCUUAUUUCUUAUUUCUUAUUUCUAAUUUCUAAAGGUAAUUUUAGAUUAUUAUUAUCAUUGUUAUUUAUAUCAAGUAUCAAAAUUUUUCAAUGAAACCACCCCUCGUGGACAACCGCGUAUAAAACAUUGUCAUAAUUACAAAAAAAAUAUAUCCUUUUCGUUUCUUAUUUCUUAUUUCUAAUAAGUAAUUCUAGAUUAUUAUUAUCAUUGUUAUUUAUAUCAAGUGUUCAAAUUUUUCAACGGAACCACCCCUCGUGGACAACCGCGUAUAAAACAUUGUCGUAAUUACAAAAAAAUUAUUCUUUUCGUUUCUUAUUUCUUAUUUCUUAUUUCUAAUUUCUAAAGGUAAUUUUAGAUUAUUAUUAUCAUUGUUAUUUACAUCAAGUGUCAAAAUUUUUCAACGGAACCACCCCUCGUGGACAACCGCGUAUAAAACAUUGUCGUAAUUACAAAAAAAAUAUUCUUUUCGUUUCUUAUUUUUUAUUUCUAAUAGGCAAUUCUAGAUUAUUAUUUUCAUUGUUAUUUAUAUCAAGUGUCAAAAUUUUUCAACGGAACCACCCCUCGUGGACAACCGCGUAUUCGAUCGAUCGCGUUUCCUGGAGAGCUGCGUGGCUAACGGGUGAAAAAAAGUUGAAGAAGGCUGGAACGUGAUAAAAGCCGGUUUAAUAAAGCGCGCCGCCUCUACGCGUUCACAUAUCGAGAAUUCUAGGAAAGCUUGGCGUUCCUUUCGAUCUCGGGCCGCAUUCCCUUCGUCCACUAUCCGUCUUUUCAUUCCUUUACCACCCCUUACAUCUUAAUCUUAAUAGCGUUCUCUCGCCGAAUACCUCGCCAUUCUCCCUCCAUUCUUUUUUCAUCUAUCUUGACAAGCCAUCGUUUGGUUUUAUUUUUCGGCCAUUUUCGGCACAAUUUCUUUAUUUUUCAUCGUUAGAAAUCAUGUUUAAACCCAAGAAACGAAAAUUAUGCGUUGAUUCUCUCGAUAGAAAUAUCAAACGAUAUUAUUCAUUAUUCCUGUAUUAUUAUAAAUCUCGCAAAAAAUUCGAAUAUCAUUUUCAACGACUUCAUAUGAUUUUCGUUGAAUAAUUAACAGCGAAAAAUGAAAGAAACACUUUGCGACGAUUAAUUUUACAGUGGAGUAUCUCAAACAAAAUCUGAAAUGUAUUAAACGUUGUGAAACGGAAACCUAGGGGUGUGGAAUCGGAUCGCGAUCGAUGCUAGAUGUUGAGAAAGACAGGAGAAGACGCGACCAAGUGCAUCAGAGGAGAGGAAAGGAAAGGAAAGGAAAGGAAAGGAAAGGAAGGAAAAGUGAGAUGGAAGCGAGUGAGCGUACGGAUGGAGAGAAGAAAAGAAGGAUGGGAGGACAAGUUGGAGAAGAGAUGACGAGGAGAAUAGGUAGGGAUGAAUGGGGUGCGUGGGUAGGGACAGGGUUAACGCGGAAGCGAAGAGAAGCGUUAAAGGGGCGGGAGCGAGGGGUGGAAGUGGGGGCCUCCGGAGGCGCUGUGGACCAUGCGCUUUCGUGCCCCAGCGAAGGGACUUUGGAUCUUCGAGGAUCGAGAAGAGAGGUGACGGGGCAAAGAAGUGGCAGAGGCGCGAACGUGGAGCUGGCCGCGAACGCGAAAGCGAAUGCGGACGGCGACGGUGGGCAGAGAGUGCGGCCGAACCCCGAGUCGGAAAAAUCGGGGUGAGAUGCACCCUCGCCACCAUCCUCGCUCUCAAUCGGCCGCGGCGCUUCCACCUGGGAGCACGGCUUCUCUUCCUCGUUAACCGGCUCUUCAUCCCAACCGGCCGUUCACCACCGAUCUCCACCAACUCUUCGCCUUUCCAUUGCUGAUUCGAUCGGCUUUGUCGUAUCUCGAAACAUCAUAGAUCGUCCGGGGAAACGGGAGAGGCGAAUCACGGAGCGAGAAUGGGGGGCGGAGAAUGGAACGGUUGGUUGCAACGAUGUCGAGAAUCGCGAAGAUUGGUCCUCGUGAUCGUCGCUAUUGCUCUACUUUUGGAUAAUAUGCUCCUGACCACGGUCGUUCCAAUUAUACCAGAGUUUCUGUACGAUAUCAAGCAUCCGAAUGCAACGUUGAGCCAACAUUUCGAACAAAGUGGACGAGCAACGGUCACCGCUGUUCAUCCAACGAGUAUCAAUAUCGUGACCUCCACGAGCCCGAGUGUAACAACCACGCCGAAAUGCCUUUGCACUUCGACAACCAAAACGAAUGACUCUCAAUUGGAAUUUCUUUAUCCGAGCACAUCACCGUCUAGCAUCGAGUCGACGAUGGGUUUGCUUGGGACCACGAGCAGCGGCGAAACGGGUACAACGACAGAAUCGGAGGAAAAACAACGACACCGCGAGUUGCUUCAAGAAACGGUUGCCGUUGGUAUAAUGUUCGCCUCGAAGGCUUUCGUUCAAUUGCUGGCAAAUCCGAUUGUCGGCCCCCUUACCCACAAGAUCGGUUACAGCAUACCUAUGUUCACCGGUUUCAUUAUUAUGUUCAUUUCCACUCUGAUAUUCGCAUUUGGACGAAGUUACGGCAUUCUUUUCUUAGCAAGAGCGCUUCAAGGUAUUGGUUCGUCGUGCUCGAGCGUAUCUGGUAUGGGCAUGCUUGCUGAAAGAUACCAAGAUGACAAAGAGCGUGGAAACGCAAUGGGUAUCGCGCUCGGUGGAUUGGCACUUGGUGUUCUCAUCGGUCCACCAUUCGGCGGUGUAAUGUACGAAUUCGUUGGGAAAUCUGCUCCGUUCUUGAUACUUUCUGCUUUGGCACUUGGCGAUGGAAUUUUACAACUUUUGGUGCUUCAACCGUCCGUCGUAUACACUGAAGCGGAUCCACCAUCGUUAAAAACACUCAUCACCGAUCCUUAUAUCGUUUUGGCCGCUGGUGCAAUAACAUUCGCCAAUAUGGGUAUCGCUAUGCUUGAGCCCAGUCUUCCAAUUUGGAUGAUGGAUACGAUGUGUGCAAGUAGAUGGGAACAAGGUGCUACGUUUCUGCCGGCAAGCAUUAGUUAUUUAAUCGGAACUAAUCUUUUUGGACCACUUGGGCAUAGAAUGGGCAGGUGGUUAGCUUCAUUGAUCGGUCUUGUUGUGAUUGGCAUUUGCUUGAUGUGUAUACCGCUAGCUAGAAGUAUCAACCAUUUGAUCGUACCUAAUGCAGGCUUGGGAUUUGCUAUUGGUAUGGUGGACAGUUCGAUGAUGCCCCAAUUAGGAUAUUUAGUGGACAUACGACAUACUGCUGUUUAUGGAAGCGUGUAUGCCAUUGGAGACGUUGCGUUCUGCUUAGGUUUCGCAAUUGGACCUGCUUUGAGUGGUACGUUAGUCAAUAGUAUUGGUUUUGAGUGGAUGUUAUUUGGCAUUGCUAUUUUAAACUUUAUUUAUGCUCCAUUGAUGUACUUUUUACGAGCACCGCCAACGAAAGAAGAGAAAAAGUCACUGAUAAUUGGCGAAAAAUCGUCUGUACGUUACGUAACGUAUCAAAACGAGGAGGAAGAACAAUAAUUGAAAGGAUGAUUUCGAAUACAAAAUACGCAGUUCACUCCCUGCAUUCUUGAGAUGGAACAACGAGUUAAUACGAUGAAAGAAUUCUAUGUCGAUAAUGUUUCCAAAAAUAUAAUUAGACUAAAUAUUAUUUACUCCUUUGUUUAGCGCAAAUUGUAUAUAUACAUGGUACAUAGUAUUAGAUCGUAAGAAUAAGUGUGUGCGUUCAAAAAUCGUAUGCGUCGAUGACGCAUUAGCUAACAGAUAUAUUGAUUGAUCGAGGCACCGAAGUAAAGAUACAUUGAUAUAUCAUCAAAUAUCGUCAAAUAUGCGAAUUUUUAAUCAGUUGAGAUAUUGUCGAUCUUUCAAAGAUCAUUAAUUUUUAUUUAAAUGGAGAAUCACCUGCUUUGGAUUCCCUGAAUGGCUGCAGGGAAACCGCAAUAAUAAUAAUAAUAAUAAUAAUAAUGAUGAGGCAGGUAUGAUGAAGAGUUCUCCAAAUUCUUAAAUAAUUAAAUCGAAUCGGAUGAAAAAUUUAAAUAUUGUCAUGAUUAUCUUUUUUACUUAAACAAAAUCAUGGAGGAAGGCGGUAUCUCAACGAUUGGAAAUUCGCAGCUUUGUUUUUAAUGAGAAAGGAAAAAAAAAUUGAAUUUAGACACGUUCUCGACGCGAUGCUUCAUAUUUGUCUGAUCAAUCCGAUAAUUUAUCGGUGAUCAAUAAUACUCUUCGUGCUCUAUGAUCGCUUAUUUGAAAGUAUGACGAAUGAAUAUUUCUUGAAUAUGAUCGGAUGUAUUCAAAGUAAAUAAACUUGUAGACAUUGAAGGAAAAAAAUUGCUAAAAUACUCGACGAAUUUGCAAAUUACAAGAUAUUUUAUGUGAAUUCGCGGCGGAAAACUAAUGAAAAAACUUAAUUUAUUUAUUUAUUUAUUUUUUUUUUUUUAUAAAUGUAAUGCAUGUCAAGAUAAAUUCUUUUUAAAAGAGAAAGAUAUAGAAACAAAACUCGUAUAUAUUCGAUAACGCGUUCUCUUUCUUCUUAGUAAUUCCAUAUAAUGCAUAAUGGAUACAUCAUUUAGAAUAACAUAAUAUAUUAAAUAGAAUAUAUAGAUAGAAUAUAUUUAUAGAUAGAAAUAAGUAAUAGAAUGUUUACAUGUAUGUAUAUCGAUAUAAAAUAUCUUCGUUGAUCAUUAUAUUUGUUGUUUCAUCGUGAAAAAUGAGAUUGUUAAGAAUAGAAAUUAUAUGGUAUGUUCAUGACUGUAUAAAGGAUCCUAAGCUAUUGUGAAUGGAUAUGGAAAAACAAAGGAACUAAUUGGAUUGUUAUUUACAAUUGCCUAUUAUUAUAAAUCUCUGACGUAAAAUUAUUCUAACAAAAAAUUGAUUUUAUCAUAUAAUAUUUUCUGCAUGAAAUUAUUAUACUAUAUAUUUCUAAUAAUGUAAAACGUUUGAAUCUUUAUAGAUUCUGUACAUUCAUAUAUGUUAUUAUAUUAUUAUAAUAAUAUGUAUAGUAGAAAGAGAUGGUAUCAAAAAAGAUUACCAAAAUGAGAAAUGAAAAUUAGAUUAGAAUUUGCAUUAUUCAAAUUUGAAUAAAAUAAAAAAUAAUUAAAGAUAUAUAUAUAUUAUAAUGAAAAUAUAAUAAAAAUAUAGUUACGACGAAGAACAGUUUUCUACCGCGAAUUCAGUGAAUUCUCGAGGUUGCGUUACGUUAUCACGCGAACGCCGACCUACUCCCGAUAAGAAACGCGAGUCAAUUCGAUUUGCAAAUUCAUCGCGAACGUUUGACACGAUCGAGCGUUCUUGAGAGAGAGAGAAGAAGAGAAGAAGGAGGAGGAGAAAUAGAAUGAGGGCAUCAUAUUUGAAAAUGGAAAAUAAAUCGAUUAAUGAUUUCGAUUUACAGAACCGAAUAUUAAAAAUUGAAAAAUUUCGUUAAGAAACAGCGAAUCGUCAUCUCCGCAUCGAUAUGCAUAUAUAUAUCGGAUAUAAAUUUUCUGUUCUAAUUCAUAUUGAAAUGCGAUAUAUAUUCUCGUUAAGGAUUCUUCAAAUUUCUGUAAAUAUAAGAAACAUAUGUAUUUACAUAUGUAUUUAAAAAGAAAUUAUAACAGAAUGUAAUCAAAACUCGGCGUCAACUUCAUUGUUAAUCGACAAUGAUUUGCCAGCUUCUUUUUCAUUUUCAUUCUCUUUCUUUUUUUCUGCCGCGCAUGAUAGAACCUCGAUCGUGAUGUAUAUAUCAUCUAUUUUAUCGAUGUAAUGAUAUCACGCUUUUACAACUUCUUGACUAUGCCCCGCGUCAAACGAAUAGAAAGAAAAUCUUAGCGAUUAACUCAUCGAUAGCUGCUAUUGCAAACAGACAAUAAUCGAUAUAUCACGAGACGAAAGUUUCUUUAUAUGCAACGUUUAUCGUUAUUUAAUGAAACCUUCGUUUCGAUAAAUUACGUGUCCUUGAUCAAUCCAUUUGAAUUCGACGAAUUGUUCAAUAAGAGUUUCAUUCGAUUUAAAAGAAAUCAGAACGAAGACGAAACUAGAACAGCCGCAUAUGUAUAGAUAUAAUUUAAUCUCGGAUAGGCAUUGCGCACAGGCACAACCCAUUAAACUUCUACAUUUCUUUUCUUCUAUUCUUUGUCGUUUUAAUAUAUAUACAUACAUAUAUACAUAUAUAUGUUUAACCAGCUGGUGUAUGGGUCCGAUUUAAUCUGCCUGUGUAAUUGUUGAAAAACAGUAAGACUCAAAAAGGAGAAAGGUAUUUUUUAUUCUCGAUAUUGUGUGUGCAUAUGUGUGUGUGUAUACUUGCGUAAUCUUGUACUAAAGUGCGUAAAAAAGCAUGCAUUUAUAAAGGAAAAAUUAUCUAGGAGGGAGUUAGAAUAUGUACGCAUAUCGGAUCUGAAAAUCGUCUGAUUUUCGCCCAGUGGUAUUAAUAUUUGAACGCGAUGCUCCAAAAUCUCGAAUUCUUAUCUCGUAAGAUCGCUGCGAACAAAUUUUAUUUUAAUGAAUCGUAUUAUUCGACGUUACGUGUUGUUGAAAACCAUUAUAUGUUUACAUGUAUGUUCAAUAACAUAUUUAAAUAAAUAUUUGCGUGUUUAACAUGAAAAAUUACUGUACAAUAUAUUAUCGUAUGUCUGGAAUAAUUAGAAUAAAGCAUUAAAAUUU